AUGUCCCUCACAGCAGAAUCUUUGAGCGAUAUCAUCCGUUCCAGACUAGAGGCCACUGAGGUUGAGGUUCAAGACAUGUCCGGCGGGUGCGGCCAAGCGUUUGCUGUCAUUAUCGUCAGCGAUGUGUUUCAGGGCAAGAACAAGCUGGCCAGACAUAGACUAGUCAAUUCCGCUCUGAAGGAUGAAAUCAGUGCAAUCCAUGCAUUCACUCAGAAGGUAUUCACUGUGGCUGAAUGGGAAGAACAGAAAAAACUGUUUAGCCAGUAG